UUUCUAUACUUUUAAAUGUGUACGUAAGUUUAAGGCCUAAGAAAAUUUUAUUCCAAUAAAUAAUAAUUGUUUCUGGUGUUAUUAAAAUAUAUCUCAAUAUAUAAAUAAAAGAUAACAAGAGGGAAAUAAAAUUCUAGAAGUCGAAAUGCAUUUUCCUUAUAUGAAAAUUGCUAUUUACGUAUUAACUUUUUUAACAUAUGCCUAUUCUGGAUAUGGUUCUCAUAUGAUAUCAACCUUAAGAGAUGCGAUAAUUGCAGCUGAAGCAUUAUUUGGGGACGUUUUUAAAAAUGUAAUUACAGUUGCAAAAAAAUUUAAAACCGUUCACGAAGUAUUUGAUGCUGCAGUAGAAGAAAAUUGCAUAUAUACUUGUCCAAAUGGGGUAAAACCUGUAAAAAAUAAGUUUUACACACCUAGUUCUGAUGGUUGUGGCUCUCUAGGAUUAAGUAUUGACACAAAUUAUUUACCAGCUGUAGAAAUGGAAGCGUGUUGCAAUGCACAUGAUAUUUGCUAUGAUACGUGCAACAGCGAUAAAGAAUUAUGUGAUUUAGAUUUCAAAAGAUGUUUAUAUAAAUAUUGUGACAGUCCUCAAGAUGGAUUUGCUAAAGAAUUAUAUGCCAAAGGAUGUAAAGGAGCAGCGAAAAUGUUAUUUACAGGGACACUAACUUUGGGUUGUAAAUCAUAUUUAGAUUCUCAAGAACGAUCUUGUUACUGUGGGGGUGCAGGGUCGUCAGAUUUUAAUCAAAAAUAUAAUAACUAUAAUGGAUAUAAAGAACAGCAGUCAAAUUACAAAAAAAAUUAUAAGGAAAAUAAGAAACCUCCAAAAUAUGGUUGGAAAGACGAUUUAUAGUUCUAAAAACAUUUAAAUUUUGUAGAUAGGUUAUGAGCAUAUGUAUGUACAUACAUAAUAUGUAAAUACAUUAUGUUAAAAAUUUUUAUAAUUUGGUAAAGAAAAUCUUAAGAGUUUUAAAUUUGCCUAGGUACCUACUUAGAUAACAUUUGUUUGUUUUCGUAAAUCGUUUUAUUUAUGUGAAGUGUUUAAUAUUUAUACAUAUAAUUACAUAAAUAUGUAAAUAAUUAUAUAAAAAAUAAGUUGAUUAAAAUAAAAGUU